UAAAAGCGCAUAUCUUGCCGGUAGCAUCAGUCGAUGCAAUAAAGUGCAAGUGAAUUAUCACCAUGUCUCACGCUAGUUUUGUAUUGCUUGUAAUGGUCGGAGUGUUUUGUAGUAUGACUGCUGCACGGUCACAAUGCGGGUUAAAUCAAGAGUACACUACUUGUGGAUCGGCAUGUCCACCAUCUUGCAACUCGCCGCCUAAUCAAGCUUGCACUCUGCAAUGUGUGGUGGGAUGUCAAUGUAAAGACGGAUUCCUGCUGAAUUCGUCAGGACAAUGUGUGCCUCCUUCAGCAUGCUAAAAUUAAUAUAAACUUACUAAAAAGUUCAGAAUUUUUUGUGUAAUACGUAUUUUGACAAAAUUUAUACAAAAUUACAUAUAAACAUAUACAAAAUUUACGUUUAUAUAAAAAUUUUAACUAAAAAAUAAGCUUGUCGAUAAAUAUUAACAUGUGUUAGAUGCAAUUUAACUGUUUGGUUAUAUAAUUAUUAGUAACAUACAAAUAACAAAUUAAGAUUAUUUAUAAGCAUUUGUUUCUCCAUUAAUAAAUUUCUUGUAAAUUUGAAAUUAUUAAAAAUCGCAUAAUAACAAUAUUUCUAAAUAUAAAUGGGAAAUAGAUGCAUUUAUCACUAUUUAUGAUAUCAAUUAUUGUAAUAUAUUGAUUGAAUAAUUUUAAUUUUUCUGUGAAAAACUAGACGCACGCAAGACAUGUAUUUUUUUAUCAUGCUACUUAUUUUAUAAAGAAAUUUUAACUACAAUAUGCGAAUGGUUAAGUACUGAAUGAUUGAAAGAAUCAAAUGUAUUAAGUAUAAUAUAUGUGUAUAAAACAAAAAUAAAAUGCGACAGUAUGGAGAAACUGUAAAUUAAUAAAAAAAAAACUCUUUUAUCCUCUUCUUUUUUUAUUGUUAUUAAUAUGCGCGUUUAUUUUAACGACUGAGUUUUCUUAUCGUGGAACAUAAAUAGGCAAUAGAAAUAAUUAUUUUUUUCAUAACUAUGACUGGUAUUCAUAGUCGGUUCUCAUAUUCAAGAUAUUCUUAAGUACAGUCUGAAGAUCUCAUUAACCAAUCACAAAGCUGUAUUAGCAUCUUGAGACAUUGCUGAUGUUUUUGAAAUAAGAUUGGACUAUGUGACUAUCAGCUGUGUGUGUGUGUGUGUGUGUGUGUGUGUACCUUAAUAUAAUCUGUAAAGUAUGUAUAGUGAUUAAAUCAUCGAGUUUGUAAAAUAGACGUAAUGUAACAUGUUUUGCAAAGCCGUUUCCUAAUAAAAUUGACGGUUGAGUCAUACCUGUUUCGUUUUUAUGCUAAUUGCUGAACAUUAGUAAUUAAUAGCUCUAAAAGUUGUAACAAUUACGUAUUUACAUAAAAUUUUACUUUUUUCUGA